CUGAGAACUAAAAACAACUUGGAGGAAUGAGGUCAGGAAUCUAUGAUGGAGAAGAUUUUAGUUUAACAGAUGCUGAUAUGCUUCAAAUCUUGGCGCAGAAACCAGAGACAUUGCCAGAGCAAACAGGAACGGGAGUACAGAUGGACGACUGGUCAAAAGACGUAACCCAUGGUUAUCUUGAACAAGAGACCACGGGGAGAAAUAAAAGUACACAGCUAGAUGAGCAACUGCCUGUGAAUUCUAAGGGAAGCAUGCAUCAGAAAUCCAAUGAAUUAGUUAAUGAAGCUACUUAUGAGGGCAUAGAAUUGCCAGAGCAGAGAUCAAGGAAUUUUCAAGUCAUCAGUCCUCAUCUAGGUGAUGAGACAGCUUACUGCACUACAGAAAAGUCCAAUUUUCUUUAUUACAGCAUUAUGGAACAUAGAAAUAAUGAUUUACAUUACAAAUGUAUGAUUCCUUGUCAAGUUACUUCAGACUUAAAUGAAGAGGAGACAAUAGCAUUGCUUCUCAAAGAACUGGACAUUCUCAAAGCAAGCAAUAAAAAGCUUCAAGAAAAACUGACUAAAGAAGAUAAAGAACAGAGAAAACUAAAGCUUAAACUGGAACUCCAAGAAAAAGCAACAGAAGCUCAAAUUGCUGAAAAAACAGCAGCUCUGGUUGAAGACGUGUAUUUUGCACAGAGAGAACGUGAUGAAGCUAUUAUGUCUCGACUGCAGUUAGCCAAUGAGGAGAGAGAUGAAGCAAUUGCACGAGCCAAGCAUAUGGAAAUGUCUCUAAAACUGCUAGAAAAUAUUAACCCUGAAGAAAAUGACAUGACAUUACAGGAAUUACUGAACAGAAUAAACAAUGCAGACACAGGGAUAGCUAUUCAGAAGAAUGGAGCUAUAAUUGUGGAUAGAAUCUACAAGACCAAGGAAUGUAAAAAGAGAAUAACUGCAGAAGAAAUGAAUGCAGUGAUUGAAGAACGGGAUGCUGCUUUGUCUCAGUGCAAACGGCUAGAGCAGGAGCUUCAUCAUCUGAAAGAGCAGAACCAGACUUCAGCAAACAACGUGAGACAUCUGACUGCUGAAAACAAUCAAGAACGUGCUCUGAAGGCAAAGUUGUUAGCUAUGCAACAAGCCAGAGAAACUGCAGUUCAACAAUACAAAAAACUGGAAGAAGAAAUCCAGACACUUCGAGUUUACUACAGUUUACACAAAUCUUUAUCCCAAGAAGAAAAUCUGAAGGAUCAGUUUAACCAUACCCUUAGUACCUAUGAAGAAGCUUUAAAAAAUAGAGAGAACAUUGUUUCCAUCACUCAACAACAAAAUGACGAACUAGCUACCCAACUGCAGCAAGCUCUGACAGAUCGAGCAAACAUGGAAUUAGAGCUUCAGCACACCAUAGAAGCCUCCCGAGCAGCCAAUGACAAAGUUCAGAACUGUGUGGCUGACAGGGUCUUGUUGCUCCGGCCAGCUGUCAGGCCUGUCCCUCUGAUAUAGGAGAGCCAAGGUUGGAAAGGCUGGUGGACGUCCUGAGGAAGAAGGUUGGAACAGGGACCAUGAGGACAGUGAUCUGACUGAGAAAAAAACGACAGUCUGGGGAAGCAAUCACAUCUGGUGACCAGGCUGCUUCAUUCAACACUGUGUAAACACUAAAGCCUUAACUUAGCAAACAGUUGUUAGAAGUGGGACACUCCAACCACAUUCCAAGCUGAGAUAAAAUCAAAUCACAAAUGUUUAACCACUUUGCUGCUGACUUGAGUUAUUUAUCCAAAUGUAUUAACUACAGACUUUUACCAAUGGGUAGCUAUAAAGUUGCAGCUUAUUUUGUAACUAUUUUAUAUCUCACUGUAUUUAAUAUAAAGAUUUUUGCUGAAAGACCAUUAUAGAAACAUAGUAAAGUUGGUCAGGAUCAUAUCUUCACAUAUGGCCCUUUCUGAAUCAAAAUACAGCAAAGUAAAUAUUGCCUAAACCUUAAUCCACUGUGUUAGGUCAAAACUUCAAAUACAUACAUUUUUCAAUGUAGAGUUUAUUUCUUAACCAAUGAGAGAAGCACAUACAUAAGAGUAUAUAGUCCUCCUUCAACGCAUGCAUGUAAUCUUUGUUAGUUUUAAAGAAUAUUAAGUAUAGAUACCAAGAAUCAAAUGUGUAAUUUGCCUUAAUAAGAGUUUGGUAUAUUAAAAUUACAUUAAUCAAAGGCAUGAUUUUUCUUUCACUACAAAUAAUGCACACUGUUUUCAAUAAAUAGAGGGUAUUGUUAAUGUGUACUUAGAAAUUCAUGGUGUCAAUAUUUUUUUAAUGUUGGGUCUGAAUAAUGAUCUAAACUCUAUUUAAGCUGUAGAAAUUGCCAAGUCUGUCUAAUAGGCUGGGAUACUUUUGGCUUGAAAAUUAGCAUGUGCCAGCAUGAUGCUAAAAGGCAAGAGCCCAUCAAACAUAUUAAGUAUUCUUUUUUAUUAUCUUUAUUUAGAUUAUCAUUUGAAUUUUUGUAAUGGAGGAGGGGAAUCUAAUAUAUAAUAUAGAAUAAAAUUAUAAUUAAAAAUAUAAAGACUUGGGGAAAAAAGUAAACCUGCGAUUUGGUUCAGGAUACCUACUUUUUUUUAAGUUAAGGGAUAAUUUAAAAUAAUUACAUCAUGGCAGUCACUUCUAAUCAUAUGAAAUUUUGAAUAAAACUAAGAUUCAUGUAUUUGGCUAUAGGGAAAAAAAUUUAUUUUUAGAUUGAAUAGCUGAGAAGCUGAUAGAAAAUAAAUAUGAACGCAGCAGGAUGAAAUUGACAAGUAGAGAUGGAAUUAGUGAAAAUUUUGUAGGCAAGUGAAAAACUUUCUAAGUCCAUACAAUUUUUUAAUUUAUCUUUGAGAUUGAACUAAAUCUACCAUUGCCUGUUUUCAGGACAAGUACAGAAUAAUUUAUUAACACCAUUGGAGAUUAUGCCUUUGAACUUUUUUUACUCUAUGAUAAAGGUGCUUUACCAUAGGGUAACAAAAGAAUCAUGAUGCAAACAAGCUCUAUUUCUUUCUUAUUAAAUCCAUUGAAUUAACUGAUAGACUCAUCCCACUGAGUUCAAAUUUAGAAUUUACUCAUGUUGCCUACUUAAAAAAAUUUUUUUAACUAUGAGAAUUAGAAAAUAAGGAACGAUAGGGGUUAAAAAUAAACUAACUGGAUUUACUCUACAGUCCUAAAGAGAAUUAUAGCCUCUCACAAACCAGUGACUAUGUAACUAUACAAAUUUGGAAUAAUUUGGUCAUGCAUGUAGUCUUCUCUCUGAGCUCUAACUGAAACAUGUAACAGCUCUCUAUGUGAAGGAAGAGCACCUUUCAAGUCAUGCGGGUAAGUAAAGAGAAACAGUUCUUGUCACAAAAUAGUCCAUUCCUGAAUCCUCUUCAAAUAAAUCACAAGUAAACUUGAAUUUUCAGUUUAUUCCUGAAGAACAGACAAACCUUUAUUGAGUUAUUUCGCUUGAGGUUUUAUAAAACACAAAGUGUAGAAUAAAGACAUUUUACAAUUUCCAAACAUCUCUUUUUAUAACUAUACAAUCAGAUUAGCACAACUAGUUCCUAUAAUCAAUAUCCAGAACUGUUAUAGAAUUUGAUAUUAUAACGUUAAAUUUACAAAACAAUUCUAACAUCUACUAUUGCUCAGUGUAGGUAAACUCCCCCAAUUACCACAUCCCCUUGAAAAUGAGUUGUCUACAAAAUUACAAAUGCUUCAAGUAGUCUUUUUUUGGGGGGGCGGGGA